AUGUCUAGUGCGAAACAUGUGCAACAACAAACUGAUGCUGAAAACUAUAGUGGCGGUUUAAACACAAAGUCAACUGUUGCUGAUGUUGCUGGAGCUGACAAAUACACUCCCGAUGAAAAUCGAGGUCGUUGGGGUUCAAAGACCGAAUUUAUAUUAUCAUGUCUAGGUUAUGCGGUUGGUCUGGGAAAUGUUUGGCGUUUUCCAUAUCUUUGCUAUCGCAGUGGUGGCGGUGCAUUUUUAGUUCCAUAUCUUUUAAUGUUAUUUUUCUGUGGCAUUCCAUUAUUUUUUAUGGAAGUUAUUAUGGGUCAAUUUUCUAGUUUAGGAUGUAUUGGAAUCUUUCGCUUGGCUCCUUUAUUCAAAGGAGCUGGCUAUGCAAUAGUUGUAGUAAAUAUACUUUGUACCGUUUAUUAUUCGGUAAUCAUAGCGUAUCCCUUAAUGUUUCUUAAACAUAUAUUUACUGACAAAUUACCGUGGGAAUCUUGUGGGAAUGCUUGGAAUACGGAUAAUUGUAUUGAGGUGACUGAGAUGGCUCAUCGUAAUAUUACGCAUCGUGGAGAUUUCAAAACACCAGCUGAUGAGUUUUUCCAUUUAGAAAUUUUAAAAAUAUCCAAAGGGAUUGAUGAAAUUGGCACUGUUCAAUGGCAGCUUUUUUUGGCCGUACUGAUAGCCUGGAUUAUGGUGUAUGUGUGCAUUAUUAAAGGCAUUGAAACCGUCGGUAAAGUGGUUUAUUUUACCGCCACUUUUCCCUUCAUCAUACUAUUCAUUUUAUUUAUACGUGGCGUAACAUUACCCGGUGCCGCCAAAGGCAUUCUAUUUUACAUUUAUCCAGAGUGGUCUCGUCUAUUAGAUCUCAAAGUUUGGGCUGAUGCCGCCAUACAAAUAUUUUUCUCAUUGGGCCCUGGUUGGGGUGGUAUUGUCAAUAUGGCUAGUUUUAAUAACUUUCGUAAUAAUGCGAAAGGUGAUUCUAUCUAUAUACCGAUUAUAAAUUGUUCCACGAGUAUUUUUGCGGGAUUUGUGGUAUUUUCGGUAUUGGGAUUUUUGUCACAUCAAACUGGAAUUCCAGUGGCAACUGUUGCAACAUCUGGACCCGGUCUAGCAUUUAUAACUUACCCGCAGGCAAUAUCAAUGUUGCCGUUUUCUCAAGUAUGGGCAGGUCUAUUCUUCAGUAUGCUUUUUUUGCUGGGGUUGGACAGUGUGUUUGUACAGAUCGAAGCCAUAAUUUCAUCCAUAUUGGAUGAAAUUCCCAAAGUGAGGCCAUAUAAAUUUGCAGUAACCUUAAUUUCCUGUAUUCUGAUGUUCUCCAUGUCCAUCAUACUUACUACAAAUGGAGGCAUGUUCAUUUUGCAAUUGCUGGAUUGGUAUUCAGCUUCAGUAUCGGUGAUUUUGAUUUGUAUAUUUGAGAUUAUAAUGGUCGGUUGGAUUUAUGGAGUCGAUAACUUUAUUGAUGACAUUUACUUUAUGAUUGGCAAAAAGCCCGAAAUAAUCUGGCGCUAUUGUUGGAAAUAUAUAACACCACUUAUUUUGGUGUCGAUUUUCUUUACCACCAUUGUCUUCAAUAGGCCCGUGCGUUAUAAUGACCAAAGCUAUCCCGAAUGGGCCAUUAUAGUGGGCUGGUGCAGUUGUGCCAUUUCUAUAAUUUGCAUUCCUUUAUAUAUGCUAAAGAAAAUCUUACUGCCCAAAGGCACUCUAAAAGAGAACUUCUUGCGUUCGUUGCAGGCUAAAUUCUGGUUACCAGCUCAAGAUGAUUAUCGCUUGGCCUAUAAUGAAUUUAAGAAUUCGCAAAAAAUUAUGAAAGAACUAACUAUGAAUAAUUUUGAAACUUUAGAAUUGUUAAAGAAAGUUAAAAAGUAGUUUAGUUAUAUAGUGUUAAG